AUGCACUGCGGUGUGAGAAUCAUUGAUGAGAAACCUAGGCAUAUUCACAUAUGCCUGGUCAGAGAUUGUGCGGGCAGGGGGGGGGUGGUCGUAGGCCCGCGGGGCCGCAGGAGGCACUGGCAACACCGGGAGCUUCGCAAGAACUGUCAGCUAGAGUCUGCAAGGAGGACUGCGCUGCUUGGAGCCAGGGGCUGGCCUGGGGGAGAGAUGGGGGGGGCCGCUGGCCCGAAGAUCGGGUGCGGUGGCGGGGCUGGGGGGGGUGGAGGCGCGGUCGUGGGCGGCGGCGCCCCUGCUCCACCAGCCAGCAAAAAGCAAUCAGAGGAGUCACAGAGACACCUAUGA